GUACUACAACAACAGGAUGUUGAUAAGAAGGCAGAAAGCAGAACGAAGUUCAAGAUGAGUUUCGACGUAGUUCCAGUGAAUUUUACAAAUGACAAAAGUUGUUUUAUAUCACUUCCAUCUUCAAUUGUCAAGAAUAUUGCAAACAAGUCUGAGUUGUUGGUAUUUGAACUGCAGUCAGAGGAUGGCCAUGUUGUGUUUGCCUCUGUGAAAGAUACCACAGCCAGCAAUCAGCUAGGAAUCAAUGGCUUGUUUGCUGAGAAACUGAAAUUAAAAGAUAAACAACAGGUGAUUGUGAGGGUCAGGAGGAACGUCCCAGUAUGUAGCCAGGUGUCCAUUGAGCCACAGUCCUGUGAUGACUGGGAAAUACUGGAGAAACAUGCCAGCUAUGUGGAGUCCCACCUGCUGGAUCAGGUGAGGGUGGUGUGGCCUGGUCUUGUCCUACCUGUGUGGGUGGAUAGAUUGUGUGUCUACCUGAAAAUCACUGUAACCAAUCCAUCAGAGGAAUGUGUACUGCUAGUCCAGGACACAGAAGUUGUCGUUUCUCCCAAAGUCCGAGGAACUGUGGCUAAAGACACGAAAAUCAAGAAACCCAGCACUCUCCCAACAAGAGAGGGGGACGAUUAUAAGCCUGGCAGGGUGUCUACCCAGCGUAGAGUACAAUCCAUGGACAGCCCAAUGCAACCUUCUAGUCGCAGCGUUUCUCCAUCAAAAUGGAGCUGGAAAGAGUGGGUCCCAUGGUUGCUCGGUGUACAGCACACUUCCAAUAGGAUCCAGGACCCCUAUAGGAGGGAAAAUCUCCGCAAGAAAUCUAUAGAUUAUAAAGGAACCGAUACCAUUCAGGAGGGACUGAAUUUCACUUUUAGAGUUCAACCUCGGAAAGUGAGGGGGACUGAGAAAAAAAAGUCAGAGGAAACUGAUCAUUGUUCUGAAUGCUUGUUCUUACAGCAACCAGCUGUGGUUUUUGUCAAUGCUGAGGACAUAAUCGAGCAAACUGGAAAUAUGAAUUUGCAUAUUCCAGGGAUGUUCCUUGCUAGACUUUCAAAAUUGCUCUCCCCAAAGAUACAAAUGACGGAAAUGGAAAAGGAAUUGAAUGAAGAGAAACACAAGGGUAAACAAAAAUCUGUCCAGUCUCCAAAGUCGGAGACAUCGGAAGUAUCGGUCGAAAAGAAAGACCACCUGACACAGUGCAUUGUCAGAGUCGUGGUACUGGACAGGAAGAAGACAAACUCUAGUGACAUUUGUGAACUCAUGCUGCAGACUGUGACAUCAGAGCAGCCAUUACUAGGACAUCACGUGGUUGUGUCAGACUCUUUAAGGAGGCUGAUGAAGCUAGAUGCUACUAGUUGUGUGUGGCUGCAGACAAUAGGGACACUUCCCACCUCACCCACAUCUUAUCUUGUCCAUCCAGUAGGAAGUCUUCCACAAGGUUUUAGUAGUCAGAUGGUGGAGAUGGCAUUUAGGAAGUGGAUAACAAUGGUCACUACAGUCAGAUUUCCCCUCGUGGUAUUUAGUGGAAUUCUUGUUCAGUUUCCACUGUUCAAAGACAAAAACAUGGAUUUCCAAUUCGUCUUCCCAGAAGGGACCUUCACACAAACACCUGAUAUCCCUUCUUACAGCUUAAUCCACCAAGAGAAUAUGAAUUAUGUCCCUCUAACUGUGAUCCAGGAAAACCAAGACCCGACUAAAAAUCCCCCUAAAUGGCCUGUCCUACCGAUGUUGCAGUAUAGCAGCAUAGAGACAGUGGACUCAAUGCUUCCCAAAAUCCAGCUCUCAGAUUUAGGUGGUGUAGAGGAAUAUGUUCCCAAGGCCCUGUCUCACCUGGAGAUCUGCCUGGGGACCAAACCUCUGGCCGACAGUAUGUUUAGGGUCACGACCCCUGGGCUCUACAACGGCAUGCUUCUGAUCACCGGCAGUAGGGGGAGCGGCAAGACCUCACUGGCUAAAGCACUGUGUAGGAGAAUGGCGGAGAAAGAAAACCUGGCCAGAAUCUUUUCAGUUGAUUGUAAACCACUUAGAGGAAAACGUCCAGACAGUAUUCUCAAGUACCUAGAGGAAGUGUUCGAUGAAGCCAUUUGGAGACAACCGUCAAUUGUUCUUUUGGACGAUUUAGAUCAUGUGGUACCAGCCCCUAGUGGCCCAGAGGCAGAGCUAAGUGGAGAGGCCAUUUAUGGUGCAAGAAUUGGAGAAGUGAUCAGGGACAUACUGAGGAAAGAGAUAUCCAACAAGGGCUGUAUGGCUGUCAUAGCAACCAGUCUGUCUCGGACCUCCAUUCACCCACUCCUGGUCACCUCCAGAGGGACACACUUCCUGCAGGAGUUGAUCAGAAUAGACCCUCCUGAUAAGAACAAAAGACAAGAAAUCUUCACUGCAAUAAUAAAGAACAGACAUAUGGUUUCUUUACAAACACUGCAACAGUUGGAUCUUAAUGUGAUUCUGGGGAAAACAGAGGGCUAUGUGGCUCAGGACCUGGAGAAUCUGGUCAGCCGAGCCAUCCACUCGCAUACCAUCCAACAAGACAGGAGCCCUGAGCAGUCAGCGGACAGACCUCAGCCAGAGAUGAUUCUGACACAGGCUGACUUUGAUGAGGCCAUGAAUGGGUUUACUCCAGCAUCCAUCAGAAAUGUACCGCUUCACCAGGCAGGGGAACUCGGCUGGGAUGAUGUGGGUGGGCUCACUGAUGUCAAAAACACUCUGAAGGAGACACUCAUGUGGCCGUCAAAGUACCCCAUGUUGUUCUCCUCCUGCCCCCUGAGACUUAGGUCUGGGAUACUGCUGUACGGAGCCCCAGGGACAGGAAAGACGUUGUUAGCAGGCGUGGUAGCCAGAGAAUGUGGGCUCAACUUCAUCAGCAUAAAGGGACCAGAGCUUCUCAGUAAAUACAUUGGAGCAAGUGAACAGGCUGUCAGGGACAACUUUGUUAGAGCUCAAAGUGCCAAGCCCUGUGUUCUAUUCUUUGAUGAGUUUGAUUCCCUGGCUCCAAGGCGUGGCCAUGACAACACGGGUGUGACAGACCGGGUUGUGAAUCAGCUGCUGACACAGCUAGACGGGGUGGAAGGACUGGAGGGUGUGUACGUACUGGCUGCCACCAGUCGACCAGAUUUGAUAGACCCAGCUCUGCUUCGUCCAGGGAGAUUAGAUAAAUGUCUCCAGUGUCAGCUCCCCAACAAGGAGGAAAGAUUAAAAAUCUUUGAAGCUCUCACCAAGAAAAUGUCAUUAGGGAAAACUGUAGACUUAGAAUAUUUUGCAAGAAAAUGUGAACAUUUCUCUGGAGCAGAUAUCAAAGCUUUGUUAUAUAAUGCUCAGCUAGAGUCUAUCCAUGAAUUCACAGGAAAAGUGCUCAAGGGAGAAGACUCUGGUUUCCCAAUGUUUUCAAAUGAUGGAAUGAGGCAGCAAAGUGCUAAGAGUAGAAGAUCAAGAAGUCAAAAACUCCUCAGAGUGGAAACAGUGCCUCCAAAAGUUUCCACCAAUAAGAAGAUUGCUCAUAUUCCCAAGCUGAAGGAUGGCCCAUCUCCUGUGAUGGAGGAAAUGGAAGAGAAACUCUCCAGUCAGGUAGAACAGAUCCGAGGCAGGCUGAGGGUUAAUAAAGCCACGGAACAUGUGUCCACAGUAGAUUCCAUGUUCUCCCCAGUAACAACAUGUAAAGGUCAGCUGAUCCAGAUCAACCAAUCACAUUUACUGGCAGCCCUCAAGAAAACCCACCCAUCAGUCACUGAAAAAGAAAGAAUGAAAUUCAAGCGAAUUUACGAGAACUUUACGUCUACCAGAGGAGGUGACUUUGGAACAUCAGUGGAGCAAACUGUCGGCAGUAGGCAGACCUUAGCCUAGCCAUGUCAAAGCUAAAGACUAACCGUGGUUUAUUUGUGAGGAAUAUAGGAACGGCGAACUGUGAUAUCAAAAAUCCCAGAAAUCCAUGUUUCUUGGACUUAAGGAUCGUGCGUAUUUUGAUCCGUGUCGAUUUUGAAUUUGUGAAGUAAAUGUAUGAAAAACAGAA